AGGGCGGGCGGUGAGGCGCGGCGCGGCGGCUGGAGCGGGAGAGGCGGGGGCUGUGGUAAGGGAGGCGGCGGAACCGGCGUCCAUCGGGUUUGUUCUUCUUCGGCAGAAGAAGUGCCGCCGUUUUCCCGUUUAUUCCCGGCCUGUCGCUCGCCGUCCCGGCACGCCGGAGUCCGCGGGAGAGGGGGGGAGCGCUGAGGAGGCUCCUUCCCCUCUCGCCCAACCGGGGCUGUCGCCCGCCCUGCGGCCGUGAGGAGACGGGGACGAGAGGCAGCCCCUUCCUUCCCUUUCUCCCCGCUAUCAGCCUCCCUCCCUCCGCCUCGGGGUGUUGCGGCUGCCGGCGCGGGGUGCUUCUUCCGCCGGUUUCCUUCCUCCCUGGGUGUUGAAAAAUGUUGUCCUGUCUGCACUAGCAGCUAACUGAUCUGAACCCAUUGUUGACAGCCACCAUCAUCAACAGGUCAUUUUCCCUCUGCGAGUGUGGCUUUUGAUUAUGUAUCGUAAAUCCAAGUGGAAGUGCGGUUACAAUCUUGCGGUUCUUGGACACGGAAAUAAUGAAAAAAGUGUGCCACAGCUCUUGAUCAGAGACCUGAAAUUUGAGAAGAAUUCAUUAGCUAAGCUCAUGUUUUCUCCUGAUCAAGAAAAUCAUCCAUCAAAAGCACCAGUAAAAUAUGGUGAAUUGAUUGUAUUAGGGUACAAUGGGUCUCUCCCAAAUGGAGAUAGAGGAAGAAGAAAAAGUAGGUUUGCAUUAUUUAAAAGGCCCAAGGCAAAUGGGGUGAAACCUAGCACUGUGCAUAUUGCCUGUACCCCUCAAGCAGCAAAGGCAAUAAGCAAUAAGGACCAACACAGCAUAUCUUACACUUUGUCUCGGGCCCAGACAGUAGUAGUUGAAUAUACACAUGACAGCAACACAGAUAUGUUCCAGAUUGGUCGCUCAACGGAGAGUCCUAUAGACUUUGUUGUGACAGACACAGUUCCUGGAAGUCAGAGUAAUUCAGACACGCAGUCUGUGCAGAGCACUAUAUCAAGGUUUGCCUGCAGAAUCAUAUGUGAACGUAACCCUCCUUUCACAGCAAGAAUAUAUGCUGCAGGAUUUGACUCCUCAAAAAAUAUCUUUCUUGGGGAGAAAGCUGCAAAGUGGAAGACAUCAGACGGGCAAAUGGAUGGACUCACCACAAAUGGAGUUCUUGUUAUGCAUCCUCGUAAUGGAUUUACAGAAGACUCCAAGCCAGGGGUGUGGAGAGAGAUAUCUGUGUGUGGGAAUGUAUUCAGCCUCCGUGAAACCAGAUCAGCUCAGCAGAGGGGAAAAAUGGUCGAGAAUGAAACAAACCAGCUCCAGGAUGGCUCUCUCAUUGACCUGUGUGGAGCAACGCUGCUGUGGCGCACUGCGGAAGGGCUUGCGCGCACCCCGACAGUCAAGCACCUGGAGGCACUGAGGCAGGAAAUCAACGCAGCGAGGCCCCAGUGUCCCGUGGGGUUUAACACCUUGGCGUUCCCCAGCAUGAAGAGGAAAGAUGUUGUAGAUGAAAAGCAGCCGUGGGUGUAUCUGAACUGCGGCCACGUCCACGGCUAUCACAACUGGGGAAACAAGGAGGAGAGAGACGGCAAGGAUCGCGAGUGUCCCAUGUGCCGCUCUGUCGGCCCCUAUGUGCCUCUGUGGCUUGGGUGUGAAGCAGGAUUUUAUGUGGAUGCAGGACCUCCAACUCAUGCAUUCAGCCCUUGUGGACACGUGUGCUCGGAAAAGACAACUGCAUAUUGGUCCCAAAUCCCUCUUCCUCAUGGUACUCACACUUUUCACGCAGCCUGUCCCUUCUGUGCGCAUCAGCUGGCUGGUGAGCAGGGUUACAUCAGACUCAUUUUCCAAGGACCUCUUGACUAACACAUGGGUUACUGAGGACUGCAGUAAACUGAUAAGCUAAGCGAUUCUCAUUUUUAAACCAACUCUUUUUCGUAUUCUCUGGGCUUUGCUGGUUUGCAUUAAGAUGAAGAAUUUUUUUUGUUGGGUUUGUUUUUUUGUGGGGUUUUUUUUUGUUACAACAGCUAAAUCCCUCUUUAAUGAGAAAAGUCUGGAAAUGGAACAAAUGGGGAGAAGGGGGAAAACUCCUGGGUUUUGUUUUUUUUUUUUAAUCAAUAACUACUACUGAAGGGGUGAAGGAAGUGUUGUAGAGUGAACUUCAAUGCUUUCCAUUUAAUGGUUUUCAAUCACAUGCCCACAGUGUUUGAAAGUUGUUUCAUUCUUUUUGUAUAUGGAGGGUAAAUAGUUCAAAGAACAUUAGUUUACAGCUUGGAUGCAAACGUUGUAAAAUAUAACAUGUAUAUUAACUCUUUUCUAUUUAUCUUUAUUAUUGAAAAUACAUAGAAUGUGUAGAGAGUAGCAUGGUCGUAGUGUGUUGCAUCCAGCAAUUGGAUGUGUAGAGUAGCUCUGGAUGGAGAAGGACAUGAGAUGGAAAUGGUAGAAAAAUCUUUUUUAAUCUAAAAUACAGAGUUCUUAGAGUAGUUAAAAGGCUUUUUAAACAAAGCUAAUGCAAAUUACGGUGGCAUAAAGGUGUUGCUUUAACCAUGUUGAAAGGUAGCUAAGAAGGACUUCUUAAAAUGUCUUUUUGGUAGGACUGUACUUAAGGUCUGGUUAUGAGGAGAAUAUUUACCAGACUUUGAAUAUGCAACUUAGUCUAGAUUAAGGAUUUUUUCUCCCUUCAUGCUAACACUUCUCUUUAUUUAGCAUUAGUGACAUUUGUGAGGGUUUUUCCGAUGUUAAACAUUAACAAAACUGAAAGAUGAGGCCAGUUUUGUUCCUUGCUGUUUGGGGCAGGGGGUGAGGGGAGGGGCAGAUGCAUCCAAUCAGCCCCAGCCCCAGUGUGUGCUGGGCUUGUCAGUCGGAUGUUCUGCCUUCUGUCUGGUGUGUGGGAGCCACGGGCUCCACAUGCUUGCCUUGACCCUGCUGCAAGGUACAAAUACUCAUCUAGGCCCCACACAGAACAAAGCUGUACCCUGGUACCCAGGGGAUGCGUGCCUGCGCCCUGGCAUCCUUGUGCAACUUGGCACAAUUGGCAUUCUCUUAGGGGAGAGCUUGAGUGGGGACUGGACUUGCAGAUCUCAGUGUAGGAUGCUUGUGCAAGGUCUCCUCACCAUCUGGUGGGCUCUAGGUCAUGGUCUCCCUGCUCUCCCCCCUCCCUACCAUUCCUUCCCCUUCUGUAUCCACCAGAAAAGGCCAGUGCACUACGUCCAGCUUUGCUGCUAACUCAACGUGCUUCAUGGCAAAUACACAGCCUGACCUUUUUAGGAUUAAGUUGAGCUUUUUUGGCCAGCUUCGUACUUUUUUUUUUCCCCCCUCAAAAAUAUGUACUGUAUAAUUGACAGUAGCAAAUUUCUGUAGUUUAUAGCAUAGCUUUAGUUUUUCUUUCAAAGCUGUUCUGAAAUUUUCUUGGUUUAAAGAGGAGACCUGUGUUGCUUAGAUGUCAUGAAUUAUUUGCUUUGUCAAUCGUUUCUCCAUUUUUAAAAAGAAAUUAUGUAUAUUGUUUGGUUCACUCAGGAAAUGCAUGUGUCAGGAAACCUGUAUUAUAAGUUCAGUUAGCUGUCAUGUACAAGUAACUGCUGUUACUCCCUUUCCAUAGAAAUAUAACUGAUUUUGACAUUUCCCAGAUUAUAUGCAUCAAGUAAUGAAGCUUAUGCAUCAAGAAAACCCUGUAUUGUAGUUGUUCUAAUCAUUUUAUUCAAACAAUAUUAUACUGUAGUUUAAUUUUUAUUUGCAAAUUAAUUUAUUCAAACUACGUGAGUAAACACUUCUCAAAAA